CUACGAUGUAUUUUUUUCAGCAAUCACGCAUCUGGCUGUAAGCAUUUUUAUGCACGUGGGUGCUGUUAGAAGAUUUAGUGUUUCAGAAACUCAGAAAUAUGGGUAGACCUGGUUUUGGAUUUUCACCUCGUGGUCGUGGUGGUGACAGAGGUGGACGUGGUGGUAGAGGAGGACGAGGUGGAGGUUAUGGUGGUAGAGGAGGGGGACGAGGAGGUGGGCGUGGUGGUUUCAGUCCCGGUGGAAGAGGACGCGGAGGACGUGGAAGAGGUCGUGGUGGCCGAGGUGGUUUUGGUGCUGGCAAAUCUGUGUCUAUUGAACCUCAUAGGAUAGAAGGAGUAUUUAUUGCUCGAGGUAAGGAGGAUGCCUUAGUUACACGUAACAUGGUAACAGGCGAGUCUGUCUACGGUGAAAAAAGAAUUGCAGUGGAGCAACCUGGUGAAGAGGGAAAGAUUGAAUACAGAGCAUGGAAUCCAUUCAGAUCAAAGUUGGCAGCAGCAAUCCUGGGCGGUAUUGAUAAGAUUCACAUGAAACCAGGAAGCAAGGUGCUGUACCUCGGGGCUGCAUCUGGUACAACAGUUUCACAUGUGUCUGAUAUUGUUGGGCCUGAUGGUCUUGUAUAUGCUGUAGAAUUCUCUCACAGAUCAGGUCGAGAUUUAAUAAAUGUUGCAAAGAAACGCACAAAUGUCAUUCCAAUCAUUGAAGAUGCCCGCCAUCCACAUAAGUACCGCAUGCUUGUUGGAAUGGUUGAUACUGUGUUUGCUGAUGUUGCACAGCCAGACCAAGCUAGAAUUGUUGCCAUUAAUUCUCACCAUUUCUUAAAAAAUGAAGGCAAUUUUGUCAUCUCUAUCAAGGCAAAUUGCAUCGACUCAACAGCGCAGCCAGAGGCAGUUUUUGCUGAGGAAGUGAAAAAACUUCAAGCAGAAAGACUAAAACCACAAGAACAGUUGACCCUUGAACCCUAUGAAAGAGACCAUGCUGUUGUUGUUGGUACCUACAGACCACCUCCAAAAAAGAAGUGAAAAAUAUUUGUAGCACAACUUGCCUGGUCUUUUUAUCUACAAAUCGAACCGGACUCAACCACUAAUUUGUAACAUUUAUGAAAUGAUCAAUAUAAUCGCAUAAGAAUAUGUGGCUGUGUUUCUGGUAGCUAUUUCGAUUAAGUAACUACCUCAUUCUUGUGAGGCAUCUUGAUUACAUAGCUACCUGUGUCUCUGGAGCAAUUUUGAAUUCAUACCCAAUUGCGGCUCUGGAAGCCAUUUUGAUUUCAAUACUGCAUCUGUGAAUGUCAUUUUUUAUUGCUUACCCAAGAAAGAUUAACUUCCCAUCCCAAAACCGGCGAACUGUUGCUAAAUGUUAAAGUAAUUAGCAUAAUAAUGUGGUAGUAUUGUAUAUAAUACUUUUACUCAUAACUUCAGCAUUGUAAGUUAAUUCCAGUAAAUGACCGAUCAUUUUAAAGCUUUU